UUUCAACAAAUUCAGACUCAGUGGUACCACCGCAGAGCAAGGGAACUUACAUGCCAGAAACCAUUAAAGAGUUAGCACAACGGAUUUUACGAGAUAAGCUUGGUGAAAAGGAUGUGAAGUCUGAAUCACGAAAGUUGGCUACGUCAGCAUUGAAUGAAAAUGCUGGGUCUUCUAGGCUCUCUCGGCUUCGACGAGAAUUACGAAAUCUUAAUGCUCCCUAUAAUAUAAAUCCAGGUAAACUCGGAGCUAAACGGUUAAAUAAAUAUUUAAAAUCGUAUGGGCUUAUUCCGCGUUAUUUGCGCAAAAUGGGUGCAGUAUACGCUAUAGUAGCGCAUGGAGCCAAAAACCUAGCCCACGCCAUGACAAUUGCACAAGAAUCAUUAAGACACAGCCCAGAUAAUAACAUAUCUCCGACGCAGAACUAUGUUGUCGUGAAUUAUCGGCCAAGAGGAGUAGCUCCAGAUAAGGUAACGCCAUUUCAAUUCAGUGAUAGACCAGAUGCAGUGGCGGAAGCGGAUGAAAUCAUUGACUUGUAUAACUACUAA